CAAAACUUCGCUGGGAUCCGGUUGAAUACGAUAAUAUAACCCUAAUUCAUCUUCCUUAUGAUCAAGUGUGGAAACCGGACAUCAUUCUACAUAACUCGAUUGAUUCAAGCAUGAAAUCUUCAAUCAGCACAAAUAUCCCUAUCAACUCACUAGGGCAUGUUUUGUGGUGGUCACAAUGGAUAUUCAAAAGCACGUGUACUAUGGAUAUUCAAUAUUUUCCUUUUGAUGUGCAGGCAUGCUUCCUUGAUUUUGGAUCUUGGUCAUUUGACAGUAGUGACAUUAUUGUCAUUCCAGUCAAUCAAGAUGCCCAACUUAAUUUUUAUAGUCGGAAUUCAGAGUUCGAUUUUAUGGAAUAUUCUUCUCAUAAUUACAUAUCGUUUUAUGCCGCCUGGACAGAUCCAUUCUUUUAUGUAAGAUACAAGAUAGUUAUUAGACGUAAACCGCUUUAUUACCUGUUUAAUAUUUUGAUGCCGACCAUUUUACUUACCAUCAUAUCACUGCUUGGCUUUUUUAUCCACGGAUCAGAGGAGAAAAUAUCCAUAGGAAUUACAACAUUGUUGUCAAUGGUGGUUCUCCAAAUGGUUGUUGCUGACCGCCUCCCUCCAGUGUCUGAUGCAGUCCCUCUCAUUAGUUUAUAUUACGGGAUGUCGAUCUUCUUUAUCUCCCUUUCUACAAGUAUCAAUGCCCUGACUAUGAACGUUUACCAUUAUGGGGACAAGGGCCGUGAAGUUCCAGCCAUUUUAGAAAGAUUCUUCUUCGGAUUCCUCUCACGAUUUCUCUGUGUUUCCGUUUCUUUCAACGAAAACUUGGAGCGAGAGAAUUCAUGUACCCAGCAGGGAUACAAGACAGUUUUAAAAGAGGAGGAGAAUCCUCUAAAACGACAGUUCAAGGAAACACACAAUAAUAAAGUAGAUGACGACUCUUCAGAUAGAAAAGGUGAAAUUGUCUUACUCGAAGAAUUGUUGCAGUUAGUUCUGAAAAAUAUAAUACAGGAAAAUGAUAAACGUGUUCAAACGGAACAGCGUUCUGAUGCCCUGAAAAACGAAUG